AUUUCUGGUUGAUGAUCCAGAACUUUUUGAACUACCAGUUGAAAAAGCUAAAAAACCAGUAGUUAAUCUCACUACUCUUUUAGAAGAACCAUCCGUCAAUGAAUCAAUAUUUAUACUCAAUUCCAUAUUUGAUGAAAUUAAACCAGAAGAUCUAAUUAAUCUAGAAAAACUAUUUGGAUCACUUAUUAUAACUGAUAAACCAACAAAUAACGAUAAUGGAGAAAGAUCUUUCUCUUUAUCAACUCAAAAAGAAAAAGAUCUCAUUGAAAUACCUUAA